AGGCGCAUGUAGUUGUGUAGUACGGUCGUCGUUCAACAGCACAUCUGGAUUGAACUUUAAUCUUUGGAAUGCGCUAGCCCCUAAACUCCGGCUUGUCCUGUGGCGUAUUCAUCUUGUCACGCUACAGUGCCACACCUGAGCCAGCCUGAACUCCUGGGCUGGAACGGAAGUUCAGGUGCCAGUCGUCACGAGCGGAGCGGUGCCGAACAGUGCUUUGGAGCGCUCACCCAGAACCUCGCUGAUAUAAAGGAGCCUCUCCCUGGACUCGACUAGGACGAAACAUGAUGCUGAGUAGAGACCCUCCAGAUAUUGAGAGCAUCUUAGCUCUCAACCCCAGAGUGAAGACUCAUGCCCAGAUUCUGUCGACGGCCAACAAAAAGAAAGAGAAGAAGCACUGGAAGAGAAAUCUGGACAGGACCUGCGAUUCCUGUGUGAAGUUGGAGAACAACUUUGAUGACAUUAAACACACCACUCUGAGUGAGCGUGGAGCACUACGUGAAGCUCUCAGGUGUUUAAAAUGUGCUGAUGCCCCCUGUCAGAAGAGCUGCCCAACCAACUUGGACAUCAAGUCCUUCAUCACCAGUAUCUCCAACAAGAACUACUAUGGAGCAGCACGUGCCAUCCUUUCCGACAACCCUCUGGGUCUAACCUGUGGGAUGGUGUGCCCAACAUCAGAGCUGUGUGUAGGGGGCUGCAAUCUCUACGCUUCUGAGGAAGGGCCCAUUAACAUUGGGGGUUUGCAGCAGUUUGCUGUGGAGGUCUUCAGUAAAAUGAACAUACAUCAGAUAAGGAAUCCUGAGCUCCCUCCAGCCAAUGAGAUGCCAGAAUCCUACCAUGCUCCGAUUGCUCUGAUUGGCUGUGGUCCUGCAUCAAUCAGUUGUGCGUCCUUCCUGGCCCGACUGGGAUAUGACAACAUUACCAUCUUUGAGAAGCAGGAGUACACCGGCGGACUGAGCACAUCUGAAAUCCCUCAGUUCCGGCUUCCAUUCGAGGUCGUCCAGUUUGAAAUAGACUUGAUGAAAGACCUUGGAGUAAAGGUGGUUUGUGGAAAGGGGCUUGGAAUUGAUGGUAUGAGUCUGACAUCACUGAAAGAAGAAGGAUACAAGGCAGUCUUCAUUGGUAUUGGUCUCCCACAGGCCAACAGAGCUCCAGUCUUCCAGGGUUUGACCAUGGAUCAGGGUUUCUACACUUCUAAAGACUUCCUGCCCAUGGUAGCUACAGCUAGCAAGAAAGGAAUGUGCCAGUGUCGCUCCUCCCUGCCGGAAUUGCGAGGAGUGGUGAUUGUUUUAGGAGCUGGCGAUACGGCCUUUGACUGUGCCACAUCUGCCCUGCGAUGUGGAGCCAAGAGAGUCUACGUCUGUUUCAGGAAGGGAUUCACAAACAUCCGGGCUGUUCCGGAGGAGAUGGAGUUGGCCAAAGAAGAGCAGUGCGAGUUCCUGCCCUUUCUGUCUCCCCGUGAGGUCAUCUUGAAGAAUGGCCGUGUGGCUGGACUCCAGUUUUGUCGUACGGAGCUGAAUGACGCUGGGGACUGGAUCGAGGAUGAAGACCAAGUGGUCAGGCUGAAGGCCGACUACAUCAUCAGUGCCUUUGGCUCCAUGCUGAAUGAGCCCACAGUGACUGCUGCCAUGGCGCCACUGAAGCUGACCCGCUGGGGGACCCCUGAGGUCAACACUGACACCAUGCAGACCAGCGAGUCCUGGGUGUUCGCAGGUGGGGAUAUUGCUGGUUUGGCAAACACCACGGUGGAAUCAGUCAACGAUGGCAAACAAGCAUCAUGGCACAUGCACAGAUACAUGCAGCGACUGUAUGGACACACCGUGGACGGUGUCCCCAAGCUGCCGAUGUUUUACACUGCCAUUGACCAAGUGGACAUCAGUGUGGAUGUCUGUGGGAUUAAGUUUCCUAAUCCUUUCGGACUAGCCUCUGCUCCUCCCACCACCAGUACCGCAAUGAUCAGGAGAGCUUUUGAACAAGGAUGGGGCUUUGCUUUGACCAAGACUUUUGGAUUGGAUAAGGAUCUGGUGACCAAUGUGUCUCCCCGCAUAGUGCGUGGCACCACAUCAGGUCAUUUGUACGGACCUGGUCAGGGUUCGUUCCUGAAUAUUGAGCUCAUCAGUGAGAAAACUGCCGCCUACUGGUGUCAGUCAGUGGAAGAGCUGAAGAAAGACUUCCCUAACAACGUCGUGAUCGCCAGCAUCAUGUGUAGUUACAACAAAGAAGACUGGACAGUGUUGGCCAAAAUGGCUGAGAAAUCAGGAGCAGAUGCACUGGAGCUGAACUUGUCCUGUCCUCAUGGAAUGGGAGAGAGAGGUAUGGGACUCGCCUGUGGACAGGACCCUGUGUUGGUGCGAAACAUCUGUCGCUGGGUGCGUGCUGCCGUUUCCAUCCCUUUCUUUGCCAAGCUCACGCCAAAUGUGACCGAAAUUGUUGACAUCGCUAAAGCUGCCCAUGAAGGUGGAGCAGAUGGAGUGACAGCUACUAAUACAGUCUCUGGCUUGAUGGGACUGAAGGCAGACGGGUCUCCCUGGCCCAGUGUUGGAGUUGGCAAGCGUACCACCUAUGGAGGAGUGUCAGGAAAUGCCAUCAGACCUAUUGCACUCAGAGCUGUUUCAUCCAUCGCUAGAGCAAUUCCUGGUUUCCCUGUGCUGGCCACUGGGGGUAUUGACUCAGCAGAAGCUGGACUCCAGUUUCUUCAUGCCGGUGCCUCUGUGCUGCAGAUCUGUAGCGCUGUUCAGAACCAGGACUUUACAUUGAUCGAGGAUUACUGCGUGGGUUUAAAAACCCUGCUCUACUUAAAAAGUCUAGAGCUGCAGGGCUGGGAUGGGCAGUCUCCACCGACAGAGAAACAUCAGAAGGGAAAACCGAUCCCUCAGCUGAAGGAUCUGGUUGGAGAGAGCCUCCCAAGCUUUGGUCCAUACCUGCAAAAGAAGAGAGAAAUUGUUGCUCAUCACAAGAAAAACUUGAGAGUUAAUGGUGGUGAGAAUGAGGAAGAGGUCCAGGCAUCUCAAGAAGAAACCAAAGUGCCUCAGAAAACACCUCCUGCUGUCAAGGAUGUAAUAGCCAGAGCCUUGCGUCACAUUGGAGCGUACCAAGAACUUGACAACAUGGAGCAGGUCCAGGCCGUGAUAGAUGAGGAGAUGUGUAUCAACUGUGGCAAAUGCUACAUGACCUGCAAUGACUCUGGUUACCAAGCUAUAACGUUUGAUGCUGAGACCCACCUGCCCCAGGUCACUGACAACUGCACUGGCUGCACUCUGUGCCUCAGUGUCUGUCCCAUCAUAGACUGCAUCCAGAUGGUUAGCAGGACGACGCCAUACAAACCCAAAAGAGGGGUACCCAUCAGUCCUGUCUGCUGAAAUCCAACGUGAAACUAAAUUACUUCAUUCUUAAUUCAUGUGGUGAUUUUUUUGGUUUGUUUUGAUAAUUUGUAGUGAUUUCAUUAAUAAUUCUGAAUGAAUCAUACAUUGCCUGAGGUCUUAAUUGAAUUCUUGUAAUUUGGGGGUGAAAUUCAUAUCUGCAAAAUUGUUUAUUUUUCUGAAAUAACCAGUCUGCUAAUACAUUUCAAUGAAGCUGUUUCCAGUUUCAUCAUGAACUGACUUCCAAUAAAAGCAACUGAA